UUCCGCGCCAGAGCCUCUGCGUUUCACAGUGGAGCUUGUUUUGGCUAAUGUAGUUAAACGUAGAUUUUUUGCGACAAAAUAUCAGAUAGAGGGACUUAAUAAAAUCAGCGAUCCGUUAAGUUGUAUUAUUAGAUCCAGGAUGAACUACAAAUAAUGCUAUUCCGCAGGAUUUAAGCGUUUGUUAGCAUGGUGCAUGUUGACUUCUGUUUUGUUUUUAGCAUUUUAACAGUGACGUUAAGCUAACAAACACGUUUGGCAUAUCUUGAAUCGUCAGCAGUACUUUCAAAGAAAACGGUCUGUAGAUUUAUUCGGUUAUCUGUGUAUAAUGCCAGUGCACGCUAGAGAGAAGAAAGACAGCAACCAUGAAGACAUGGAGGUGGAUUUCGCAGAGCAAGAUGGGAGCAGUUCAGAAGAUGAGGAAACCGAAACCUCGUCUGUCUCUGAGGAUGGAGAAAGUUCAGAAAUGGACGAUGAAGACUGUGAAAGGAGAAGAAUAGAAUGCCUUGACGAAAUGAACAAUCUUGAAAAACAGUUCACUGACCUCAAAGACCAGUUAUACAAAGAGCGCCUGAAUCAAGUGGAUGCCAAACUCCAGGAAGUGAUGUCAGGAAAAGCCCCAGAGUACCUGGAGCCUCUUGCCACACUUCAGGAGAAUAUGCAAAUUAGAACUAAAGUUGCAGGCAUCUACAGAGAGCUGUGCUUGGAUUCAGUGAAGAAUAAAUAUUCCUGUGAAACACAAGCAGCCUUCCAGCAUUGGGAGAGCGAGAAACUGCUAUUAUUCGAUACAGUUCAGAGUGAAUUGGAAGAGAAGAUCAGACGUUUGGAAGAAGACCGUCAUAGCAUAGAUAUUACCUCAGAGAUCUGGAAUGAUGAGUUACAGUCGAGAAAAAACAAGAAGAAAGAUCCAUUCAGUCCAGACAAAAAGAAAAAGCCUGUCGCUGUGUCAGGCCCAUAUAUUGUUUAUAUGCUGCAAGAUUUGGAUAUACUGGAGGAUUGGACCACUAUCAGAAAGGCCAUGGCAACAUUAGGACCCCUCAGAGCUAAAACCGAUGUCGCAUCCUCAAAGAGUGACAAACAUCAACACAGCGCACGCUCUGAAGAUGGACGCCUGUUUUACGACGGCGAUUGGUUCGGCCGCGGUCAGGCUAUUUGUAUUGACAAGAAAGACGAGUACCCCACAAGUGCUGUAAUAACUACAAUCAAUCAGGAUGAGGUGUGGUUCAAACGGGUCGAUGGGAGCAAGUCAAAACUCUACAUCUCACAGCUCCAGAAAGGCAAAUACACCAUAAAGCAUGCCUGAUCCAUGCGAGACCUGAUAGUUUUCAGUGUGGCAGUCGGGAAUGUUUGACAGUGUCAUUUAUUGUACAGUUGAUCACGUUAAAAUACUUUUUUGGUGUUUAAAAAUGAAUAAGAUGAUGUAUUGACUGUUUGCGAAGACAACAGAGUGGAUGUUCUUGUUCUUGAACUUUGUUCAAUGCAGUGCCAUUUGUACAAUUAUUACUACUAUACACAAGGUCAAAAAUGUAAUAUAAUUAUGGGCUUAGUUUCUACCCUGACAUGUGGUGCUUUUGUAUUUUGAUAUUAGGGUUCAUUUUCAUUCAUGGAAGUUAAUAUCAUUUAAUGAAAUUUCAGUUAAAUGAACAUGAAUGGAGUUUGCUGUUGUAUUGUGUUAUACCAUGUCUGCCCACCAAUUUUUACCAGUUUUUUUUUUACAUAUUUCUGUUUUGAUACAUAAAUUACAGUUUGAAAACUUACCUGUCUUUGGUGACAGUUAAAUGAAUCGGUCUUGUUUGUGCAGCAUCUUAAAAUAAAAUUACAGAGGUGCCAGCCAUUUUAGGAGUGAGUAAACAAGAUGUUGCCACAGUAUUCAAAAGUCUCACGUCUAAUGUUUUCUGUGUUUGAAGAAGAGAUGCUCUUGCUGCUCUAUUUACAGUUUAAACAAGCCAAAAUUGUGCUUAAUACUUUAUGUAAUUCACACAUUUCUGUUCUGGUUCACUGUUGUUAAUAGAGUUACAGUGCCACCAUCUGAAUUUUUGGUGUACUUGUGUUUUACAUCUUUUUUUCUGGUUUGUCUAUAUGUUUGAUAAAUCUGUGCUGAAUGUGUUUUUUCUUAUGAAAUGAUGUUGAACAAACUUCCAAAUAUAACAUGUUGAUUUACA